AAGGCAGACCAGAGCAAUAGUAUUGUGACUAUGGGCGACGACGCGCUGGAGUUAAAGACUAUUGUUGUAUGUUACAACAAUAACGUCGCCACUGACCAAAGCAUCGAGGUGACUCCAGGAAAUGGAGCUUGCUCAGACCAUGCAAAAUCCGGACCAAAUGAGGUGUCUCAUCUUCUAUCAGUGCCACAGGUCUCUGACAACAACAGGGAACAGUACAAUGUGGAUGGAGAUGCUAUUGAUGAUGAGUCUGUAAACGGAAUAUUUACCUCAGAGUGGCAGAGGGAGCUGCAGAGGGUCAAGAGAGAGCUCUUUGAGGUGGUGGUGUGGAACCUCAAACUUUGGAUGGUGGUUCUAAUAAUUUUCCUUGUUAUUGUUCUGAUCAUUGGGAUCUCUCUCAUUGUCUGUACAGUUGGUCAUGACGAUGAGGAUGAAAAAUAUGACAAAUCAUCAUAUGUGGUGGAGCGCUUCUUCAGAGGAAAUUUUACUGUGGACAGCAACAGUUUCACUUCACACCCACUGAACCAACUCAACGAGACAGACAAACUGUUAGAACAACUUAAACAACAGCUGACUGGAGUCUACAAUUCUUCUCCUGCGUUGGCACGAUUCUUUUCAAGUGUGAAGAUAAACAUUUUCAGCGACACUACAGCCCAGUUUGAAUUACACUUCCUGAUGCCUUCUGAACAUGAGCAGUUGGUCCAGUACACUUUGAGCCAAGAAAUGGUUAGAAAUGUGCUUCUCCAAAACUUUUAUGAUCAGAGUCCUGACACUGGGGACUCUCUCUAUAUCAUACCAACAUCACUCAGGAUGGAAGGUUAUGAGAAGGGUGUCCUAAAAGCAGCAUGAGUAUCAUUUGCUAUGUAAUUUCAGGAAUUACUAUGGAUACAGUAAUACAAUAAUUGCAUAUGAACUGCUAUAGAUACCUAAUACACAGACAAUGAAAAGUUACUAACUUAAAAUAGAAAGAAAUAGAAAGAAAAAACAUAAUAACCAACAGAUUACAUGUUAAAAAAAAUAAUAAAAUUUCACAUCAUUACAUAAUCCAAAACCCAAAACACUGCUUUGACAUCCUAUGACUGAAGAUAAUCAGUUUAAGAAACAAUAAUGGAUACCUGUAAAAUGGAUUUUAUUGUAGAAGUUGAAAAAUCUCAUGAAAUAGCCUGGUUAAGUCCUUCUAUAAAAAGUGGUAGCAUCACAGUUUGUUUUCCAGGCUAGUUUUUGUUUCGGACUUGGCUAAAUUAAGUAAACUGGAAGUAAAAAUUCAAUCUCGUCAAAUGGAGUAUCAGACGAGAGCCAGAAGUUUGUCAAAAUGCUUAAUAAUAUGCUUAAUGAUAUGUAAUUACGCUUAGUUUAUUAUGAAAUCUCCUUGAAAAUUGAAGCUUAAAGGGAUAGUUCACCCAAAUAUUUUAAUUCAGUCAUUGUUUACUCACCCCUGUGUUGUUAUAACCCAAUAUGACUUUCUUUUUCUUAACACAAAGGGAAAAUUGUGAAAAAAUGUUGCGCUCAAGCUUCUUCAAAAUUUACUUAUGAGGACGCAAAAGUAUAAUUCAGAAGCCUAAAAAUUAUUCUAUGAGACUCAUGAUUGUUAUGAAAACAUAAAAAUAAUGUUUGGUGAGAAACAUACCAAAAUCGAACGUAUUAUUUAGUGAAACUGUUGACGGACUGUUACUCUUCUCUGCGCAUUCCUGAGACUGCACGAGACCAGUAGUUCACGCAGCCUACUGGCGAAAUGGGGCGUUCAAGUGAAAACAUAUUUUGUUGAUCUAAAAACAGGUCCACCACAGUGAUACUAAAGAACAUAACACAAAAAUGUUUGUGAAUUUACAAAACAUGUCUGAAGAGUUUGUAAUCCAAGAAUAGAUGCAUUUAUAUUCCCAGACUUAUUUUUUUUUAACCAGAGUAUUCAGUCAAACAGGGAGUUAGAGUAGAUGUGAAUAUCUGUCAUUCUAAACCUCCAAGAGAGCGAUACCUCAGCGAAACAUUUGGUAGGUGUGAAAUUCUCAGGUAAAAUUUAGUAGUUUUUAACCAGUUCUUGAGAUGCUGUUUUCAAUGUACUGGUAUGAGGAAGUUUUUGAACAAGUUCACUGCAGGUCAGGAUACUGCGAUGAUGCAGAAAAUAGAAACCGAGCGAACAACAGAAUGUACUGUCUCUCAUCAUAGCUAGUUACGACAAAACUCUGAUGAUUAACAUAGAAAAAAUACCUUUUAUCGCGUGUCGUUUGCCUUCAGGUUAGGAAACGGUGUGACUUGCAGCCUUCAGCCUGGCUGCAUCCGAAAACUGGAAAAACGCUGCCUUCAGAGGCUAUAUACAGAGGUAGGAUGAAAAUAAGGUGCUUUUCAAACUGUCCUGAGACCAGUUCCCUUAAGAGUUCAAUUUAUUAAUAAACGCUGUUGUUUAAGCUGUUAAAUAAUUAUGUUUUCAGAUGCAGCCUCUCUCAGUUUGAGAGUACUCUGGCUAAAAUAAAUAAAUAAAUAAAGCUGGUCAUAGAAAUGCAUCUAUUCUUGGACUACAAUCUCUUCAGACAUGCUUUGUAAAUUUGGUUCUCAGGUUUGUGUGCAGCUGUGUUGUGUUGUGUUCUUUAAUGUGAUAUCACAUAUAAUUUUUGUGUGAACUAACCCUUUAAGGACAUUUGUAAUUUUAUAAAGUUUUAAAGAAUACCGAUUACACAACCACUUGUCUGUGGUGUUACUUAUUAUUAUUCGGGAAAAAAUUUUUUACGAUUUUAAUGUAAUUGCUUUAUUAAAAAUGUAUUGAUGAUUUUAAAAAUAAAUUGGUGGAAUUUUACAGUUGAUCCUGUUUUAGUCAAGGGAUAACAGUUAUGUAUUUAUAUUUUUACUUAAAAGUAAAAGGACAUGACAAAUGAGCUGCUUUUACUUUAUAGUUUUUUGAUUUAUUGUAUUUUAAAAGGAAUUAAAUUGCUAAGAUGACGAUGAAAGCUAAUAACCCCACAGACAAAUUUGCACAAUUGUGGGCUUUUUUAAAAUUAAGGCUUAAUUAAUACUUUAACAGUAGUUAUAAUAAUAAAACCACCGACUCAAUAUAAAGUGAAACAGGAAAUUAUGAGACUCUCAGUAAAAUAUAUAAAAUAUUUAUAAGAAAGAAUGUACUUGGCAUGCACUCACUUACAAAGACCUUUACACAUAAAAAGUAGCCCAAAUACAAUUCCUUGUUUUCUUAAAAGGGCAGUUUCCAUUGUUGUAACACCACCGACAUGUAGUUGUGGGACUUUUUCCUAAAAUAUCACAAAAUAUGUAUUUUCCAAUAACAAUAUAAUUAAUAUAUCUCUUUUCAUAAUAUAGGCACUUUAUUUGCGUAUUCUUUUUUUGUUUGUUUUUGCAGUUACAUGCCAUGAUACCUCCUAAAGAGAUAUCAUAUAUCUAAAACCCUGUAAAAUACAUAUUUUAAAACAAAAAUUCAACCUUUAACAAUGCUUUCACAAAUUGUGCACUUAUUUUACGAUUUAUUGGGAUUUACAGUUGAUUUCUGAUGUCACAAAGGGGGCACCAUCUGCCAAUACAAAUGAACAAUGAACCAUUUAGAGUGUCCACUAACUUUUUUUCUGACAUUAAGAUUUUAGGUUAAAAAAGAAUGUGUAUGUACAAUAUAAGGGAAAGUAUACAGUAUAUUGUGUAGGUGGUGGUAACCAUUUCCUUUGUUUUUCACCAUUUCUAAUCAACUGUUCUCUGCAGUUCAUCUACAGUAAAUCGUCCUUUGUGUGACAGAUGAAUUACAAGUUCAAAUUACAACAAUUCCAUUUAGUCUAAAAAAAAAAACUACAUGUACCAUAAAUAUAAAAUAAUUUGAAAAAUGCUGUUUAAAGUUGUAUUGUGUAUUGGAUUGUAGUUGUAUUGGAUGACUGUUGACACUGCUUGAAUGCUGCUGUCAUGUCAACAACCAAAUAUAAAAUAAGUCAAUAAAAAAAAUUAUAAUAAUAAUAAAAAUAAAAACUACUGGUAUCCACAUCAGAAAACAUUCCACUCUAAUUUUUAUUUUAAUUGAUUAUCAUUUGCAAUCUUGUUAAUGUCUGUUAAUAAUUGUAUUAUUAAACAUUUCA